AUCCUCUGCGGGGCAAGAUGGCCGCGACAGCGACGGCCCCGGAGGUGACGGGGCAGUAGACCGUACGCGCCGCGGCUUUUCCCGAGGUCCGUGCGGGUCCGAAGACGUGAGCUCACAGCCCCGUCCACAAGUGGCCGUGGGGCCGUCCCAGUAAUGCCUGGGCCCUGACAGGCAGUCCCAGCAUUUCGCAGCCCUGACCUGGAAGCUCCCGGAGGGCUGCAGUGUACGCGCCCCGACGGAGGCAAGCGGCCAGUCAGGCAGGUCCCUUGGUCCCGACGGGCGCGACCCUGAGCACUCCAUGCCUGCGGGCGCGGGGAGGCACAGCCUCCCCCAGCAGCGCAGCCACCUGUGCUGGCUGCUCUGCGCUCUCACCUUACAGCUCUGCCGAGCGGAGGCUCCUGAGAGGGCAGAGAAGCUGUCAGUGAGCACCUCAAAUCUGCCUUGCUGGCUGGUGGAAGAGUUUGUGGUGGCAGAGGAAUGUGCUCCGUGUUCUAGUUUUCGGGCCAAAACCACCCCUGAGUGUGGCUCCACAGGGUACGUGGAGAAAAUCACAUGCAGCUCUUCUAAGAGGAAUGAAUUCAAAAGCUGUCGUUCAGCUCUGAUGGAACAACACUUAUUCUGGAAAUUUGAAGGGGCUGUCGUGGGUGUGGCCUUGGUCUUCGCUUGCCUUGUCAUCGUUCGUCAGCGACAGCUGGACAGAAAAGCUCUGGAAAAGGUCCGGAAGCAAAUCGAGUCCAUAUAGCUACCUCCCACUCUUCAAUGGGGUCUAAGAGAUUAUAUCUCAGACACAGACAGAAUGAAUGGAUUUGUGCCCCUCCUUCUUAGGAACCUGUGGUGGUAUCACCUUCUCUAUCUCUUGUUUAGAUCAUUAAUGAGCAAAAUAUAGUUUUUUUCUCUAUUAUAAUUUGGUUUAAAAAAAUAAUAAUAAUUUGGUUUGGGACAGGAAGUCCUGGCGGCAGAAAUGAGAUAGCAACCUUCAACCCCAGUUUACCAACUACCUAUCUUCUUCUUCUACUUAUUUAAAACUUUCAAGAUGUAAUUCCAGGAAAAAAGUUUAUUCAUCAGCCCAAACUUCUGUUUUCCCUCAACCCUAACCACCCCCAAAAAUAAAAUUGCAGAUGUAUAACAAAGUA